GAAAGUUGGUUCCUGGCUGCGAGUAGAGAGACCGAAGGGGCCGGGGCUGGGCCCAACAGCGGAGAAAUGGCGAGAAUGGUGAACGAGAACGGGUGUGGAGUGGAAACACAGAGCCCAGAGCCGCAGGGACCGGGUCGGGGAGCGGCCAGAUGGGGUCCACAACACGCCGGUGCCCGAGAACUGGCCACUUUGUACUCGCCAGGCAAAAGAUGUCAAGAAUGGAUAAGUGUUGUCUUCUGCUUCUCUCUCAUGGCCUUCAAUUUCAUUCACCUCCUUGCCAAUUUCCAUCUGGGGCAUUUGUGGUACAUUCUGUUGGGCAUUGUGGCAGGAAUACUCACCGCAGACUUUGCGUCAGGACUUGUUCACUGGGGGGCUGAUACGUGGGGAUCAGUGGAUCUACCCAUUUUUGGAAAGGCCUUUAUACGACCAUUUAGAGAACACCACAUCGACCCCACAGCCAUCACCCGUCACGACUUCAUUGAGACCAAUGGUGACAACUGCAUGCUGACCAUAGUCCCUUUAGCAAACAUGGCCUUCAACUUCCUCACCCUCUCCCCUGCGGAGAUUUACCACAUCUACCCCUGGUACUGCUACUUGUAUGCACUAGCCAUCUUUGUGACCCUUACCAACCAGAUUCACAAAUGGUCGCACACGUAUUUCGGCCUACCUCGUUGGGUCGUGCUCCUACAGGACUGCCACAUCAUCCUUCCCCGCAAGCACCACCGCAUCCAUCACGUCUCCCCCCAUGAGACGUACUUCUGCAUCACUACAGGUUGGCUGAACUACCCACUGGAGAAGCUCGGUUUCUGGAGGUACCUGGAGGAUCUUAUCCAGGGCGUGACAGGAGAGAAGCCCAGGGCGGACGACCUGAAAUGGGCUCAGAAAGUCAAGUAACGCUGCAGGCUAACUGCACCCUACCUCAGAAGACACUGGCUCCGUCCAGGCUUCUCAUCCCCUUUUUUGCCUCACUUAAACUGUAAUUCAUAGGAAGGAAAACUAACAGUUUCUGAUGCCAUAGCUUUAAGUCUUGCACAUUUUGUCUGUUUUUCAAGAGGAGGGCUUUGUUGAUGGAAUUUUUCAUUACUUACACAUGGAGAUCAUAAUUUCAAAUUGCAAUAUAUCCUUAACUCUCCAUACAUCUAACACAGCUCAUCACUUUUUUUGAGGUGACUGUUGCUAAGAAGGUUUGGUCAGAUGCAUAAUUUGAAUUCGCUGUCCAAGGAGAUUAAAAGAUUUCCCUCACGUCUGAAAAUUCAAACAGUCCCAAGAGAGAAUACUUGAAAGCGUGAACACUCCAAUUUCUCCUCCAGAGCAACAACUGAUCAUUUGGAGAGUCGAUAAAUCACAUUAUAUUUGGCACUUAUUUUUUCUGGAUCAGUCUUUGCAUCUCCUCCUUAUCAAGGGUUUAUUUGAUGUGAAAGUGAUAAAAUAGGAUUUGGGCCAUGGUAAGUAGCAGGUGGUAGGAUGUUAGGAUGGUUUACCAAUGUUGAUAGCUAAAGAACAAAUUGGUUAAUUGCUGUUACCUUUGUUGACUGUUUUUUUUAAGAGAAGUCAUGAAAAUAUAUAGAUUUUUUUCAGUACCAACUAGUCCUCAUUGUUGAUUCUAGUAACUUACUACAAAUGCACUUGCAGCUAUAUUUAAUAGUUUAGUCAUGGAUUUGUAAAUCUGAGACAGUGACUACAGUUACAGUGGAAGAGCCAGUGCUACUUUACAGCCAAACUCAUCCAAACCAGGACGGUAAAUGGCAUCUCAAAAGUCACGUUUUAAAACACACAAACCAAAAAGAAUAAAAAAAAACGAAUUGCUCAUAUUGCUGUCAGACCUUAAACUGGCAUUUUUAUUCGAAUUUGUCAUGUUCUGGAUGUUAUUUGGCCACUGAAACUGACACUGAAGAUGAGAAUUUAAAGCCAUUUGAAAAAAGUCACAUGGAAACAGGUGUAACUGUAGUCAGUGUUGAUGCUAGACCAUUGGAAAAUCUGAGCAAAAAUACAUGUAUCCUGCUGUUGUUCUGCUGAGUCAUUCUGGGCCGAUUAAGUGGUCUUUACAGAAGAACAGUGUGCCACUGUGAAAGGCAGUUUUAGGGUUUGACUCCUGGUAAACAGACAGUCCUGCAGAGGCACAUGCUGUUUUGUCAAGCUGCCUUACACACCGUAAAUGCAGUUCUUGUGUCUUGCUUUUGUUGCUCUGUUUUUUUUUUUUUUUGCAGCACUUCUUUGCGUUGUUCCAGUGGAAAUUCUUGCUGGGAUUUGUGUCACCGUUACUCCGACACUCUCAAAGUUAUGUGCCAAAUGUAUGUAACAUCUUUUUCACUCCUCACAUCUCGCUAUCCUCUUUGUAAUAUGGGAAGGAACUGUCGGUUUCAGAGCGUAACAUUCCCCGUGAGUAAUGUUGCCACAGCGUACCGUCUUGGUAACUGUGACAUGUUGACUUGGUGAUGUUACAAGGGCUUCAGUGAAAGCUGAUGAUUCAGGAAUUUCUUCACUUCUAUAGAUGAGAUUAUGUAAUGAAUUCACUGGUUGAAAGUUUUUUUUUAAUGCUUUAGUGAGUAAUUUGUAAAUGUCUUGUACAGCGACUAACUAUGCAGUGUAAUAAGAGGCCCUUAACUAUACGUCUUAACUCAUAUGAUUAGGUUAAAAUGCCUUUCUUUUUUUAAUAGUUUACAUAUAUUUUGCUUAGAUGGAAAACUGGAGCUCUAAAAUUUAGCUACUUAAUGAACUGCAUGACAAAAUUACUUUUACUAAUUAAGAUGUCACUUACACAGACGUAAGAAUGCGUGCAUGCAUACAGCAUGAGGUCUUGCGCAAGCAAUAUACUGGGUCACCAGCUUUCCUUUGAGUUUGUGUGAAGCAGACACUGACCGGGGAGGAUUGUGCUCGCUCCAGAUGAAAUUAAUUGUACCUCUUUCAAAAGAUGACCCCAGACUUUGACCAAAUGGUCCCAGGUUUGAACUACCAAAAUGUUAUCUUCAUUCCAAGGAAAUUGAUUGAAAUCCUGGCAAAGGUUUUCAGUUUUAAAUGGGAGAAGCUGACCUUGUUGUUCCGUUGAGUAGACCAGGUUAAAGGCUUUACGAUUAAGCCUCUGGUGUUAUACUCCAAGUAGAUAAUUUAAUCAUAGCUAUAAUACACUUUGAAACCAAAAUUAUGUUUUAUAUUAUGUAAUAUUCCAGUUUUUGAAUCCUUCAUACUUGACUAUAUACAAUUAUUCACCUUAGGUCAACUGCAGAUUUACACUACAGAUUGCAUAGUGCUUAUAGAGUAUUGUGAGAAGCAGUUCUAUGUGCGCUAGAUAGUGUCAUGUAUGCUGGUAAAUUGAUGGCGUUUUGUGUCACUGCAUCAAAGUUUAGGGCCUUCUACUCCUGUAGUUCUUUUUGAUCAGUAUUAGGCAAAAUGUUGUUGGGAUACGGCCAGCUGCAGUUAGUAGACACAUUUGAACUUUGACACACAACUUAUUUUCUAGAUAGGAAUUUUGGCACUGGCCCUGCUACGGCGCUUCAGUAAAUUGCUUUUUGUGGUAAUAUAAAGGUAAUGAUGAUUUUUAAGGAUGUUUUGUGUUUUUGUAGUACUGCAACAUAGGACAAGCUAAGGAUGAUGGUUAGAAAUGUCAGACAUGACAUGCCAUAAUUAGUUUGUUUGGAGAUUGACAAAACUGACCACCUUACAUAAAAAGUAUAUGGUGAACUGAGAAGUAACAUACCAUAAUAAUCUUUGCUUGGAGACAGCUAUAAUUGCUAUUUAUGGCUCUUAUAGUUGGAAGUCUGGUUGUGAGUAUCGAUCUAACAUGCAUUGACUAAUUCUUCAUUCUUAUUCUCCAGAUGAUCUCAGGAUUGUGCUUAAGGUGAUUAAAGUAGUGUAAUAUGACGUUGUAAAAAACACAAACCAAAACACUCCGUUAGUGAAGUUAAGACCAUUAUUUAAUAGGUAAAAGAUAUUUAAAUCACUUAUUUCUAUCCGGUUUUGUUGGCCAAAGUAGCCGAAUGAUUUGAAAUGCAAUAUAGGUUCUGUUGUAGCCAUAUAGCAGUGCAGUUAACUUGACCUCCGUUAUUGAGGUAGAAUUUGUGAUUAAGCUGUGUUUGGUUUUUCUGCUUAGAGACAAUGGGCUUUCAUUAGUGGAUUUGAAGGGUAUUUUGUGACAACGUGUGGUUAACUAAAUAUUUUCCCACUGGAAACAAUUUUGUGGAAGCAAAUUAGCUUGUUAGUAAGUGGGGUGGGCAGUUGUUGUUGGUAUGUUUGACAUGCUGUGUUGAAAUCGCUUUUGUAAUGAUCCUUGGAUUUUUUUAUUGAAUUGCCUUAUCCUCUCCCUGAUUGAUUUACUGUAAAUCUUGCCAGCGAUAUGGGAAAACGAUUCAUUGACUUUAAAUUGUCCUUCACUUGCCUCUCACUUUUUCUGAGACAAGACCCAUAUGGAUGUUGUAAUUGGUUAUAUAUGCUGAUGGUGAUGGAGUUUUAGAUAUCAGAAUAAUGCCUUGAUGCCUUUUUGUUGUCUUCCAUGUGGGAGACUUAAAAUGUAUAUAUUAAACUGUAUUUAUAAAUAAACUAAAUAAACAGUUGUUAAUUACU